AGACUACACGUCGCGCCUCGCUGACCGUCCCUGCGACUCCAGUCUCUCGACUGCCGUUUGUCUGUUGGAAUGAAGUACGGCGAUACCCUGCGGCAGAGGUCCAUACCAGAAUGGGGCCAUUACAACAUUGAUUACGACUACCUCAAGGAACUCAUCAAGCACCAGACCACGCCCGGCACCAACAAGGCCGUCUCCAUCCCAGGACAGGGCGAGAGCACCGAGCGGGCCUUUGGCGACACCUUCUUCAGGGUGCUCGCGGAGCAACAUGAUCGCAUCAACCUAUUCGUGCGAAGCAAGAGCGGCGAGAUCGAGCGGCGGCUGGAGCACAUCAGCAAGACGCUGCAGCAGCUGCGCGCAAAACGCGACCCUGCGAGCGGGCGUCUGGCAGCCCGAACCGUCGAGAGAUAUGCAAAGAUUGAGGCGGACGUCAUUAGGACUGGCGAAGAAAUAAGAUCGCUUUCCCGCUUCCAAGUCACCCAACGUACCGGCUUCAUCAAGAUCUUGAAAAAGUACAAGCGCUGGACCAAAGACAAGGAACUUGCUCAUGUCUUCAAGCAGGAGAUUGGCAGCCGCCCAGACAGUCUGUUUCAGCUGGAUCUAGGCUAUCUGCUAGACCAAUUUGUCGACGCACUCGACACGCUUCGCUCUGCUUUCGACGUCGAUGGCACAUCAGCUGCCAAUGCCACCCACGUUACCGGCCAGUCGUCGGCUGCGCGUAUAUCACGGAGUCUGGAGAAGGGAGAUGACAUAGACUUCGACCUAGCGCUUGACACGGUCCCUCUGGGCUCAAAAGGAAACAAGGCAACAUAUUGGAUACACCCGGACCACGUUGUUGAGGCACAGGUGCUGCUGCUUCAGCACAUGCGACUUUACAUCAACAAAACAAGGCGCAAUUCGUCCGUCCGGGGAACGCCGCUUCGCCGCUACCCUUCGACAGCCAACAUUGACACCUACUUUGGCAACGAAGACACAACUGGACUUGUUGUGCUCGACCACGCCGAGGCCUUUGCUUUUAAGCAAAAUGCAAGUACUAUAGGCGCGGCCGAAGAGACGCAAGGCGUAACGGGCAUCAAGGCAGCCGGUCAGGUGCGUUGUUGCGCAUCAGAGCAAGCGGCAGUUGUUGUUUGUACCGACGCCGAUACCCCACAUCCAUCGCCAGACAGUGUCAGGAUGGCAAAGAUGGAACGUAAAUCUUUGACAAGAUUCUUGGAUACAUCUGCCGACGAAGAUAAUGUGAAGCACGCUGGCAGUCCCACAGAGUCCACAAAGGACAACGCCCUGGCUAUUCGCCAAUGGCUUACCGAGCAUCAAUCUACCAAGCCCAUUGCCGGUGCACUCUUCAAGCGCACAAGGUUUACUGGGCUCCACAACAACUCUGCAGGAGGUAUAUGGGCAACUCUGGACAGGGACGUCUGCUUUACGGAGAGCUUAUAUAACGACCUGCAAGACGAUGACUGGACGGUGGCUGCCCGCUCAGAGUCAGCUAAGAAGUUUCCUCAUGCCAUUCUAGAGAUCCGCCGUGAGGGCAAUCAGGCUACGUCUCUUAUCCAGACUCUUGACCGAAGUCAUUUGGUCGAGCGUGUCCGAGGUUUUUCUUUGGAAGCACACACUGUAUGGGCUUGCUGCAAGCCGAGUGCCAUGCCUGCGCCUUUUUGGGUCGCCCUCUUAGACAAGGACAUCCGCAAGCUGCCGGAGCCUGUCAAACGACGGAGUCGAAAAGCUAGGGACAGCACAAACGCAUCAGUAUCUCAACUCUCUCCCCCAGCCACUUCGACAUCCAACACAUCGUAUGACGGUCAGUCUAGCCCGCUUGCGUCACGCUACGAAGAGUCUUCUGCAACCUCGGUGCAUGAGUUUGUCGACCCACCACCACUGCGGGCGUUCAGGAAGAAGAGCCGCAAGCCCUUUUCCGACUACCCUGAGCCAAUGGUUUCGGCCGAGCCAGAGCCAGAGGUACAGCAACGGUACUGGAAUGAGUAUGAUAAUCCUGAAGAUGAAGAAACAGGCUAUUAUAUCUAUGUCGACCCCGACGCGCCAGUCAAGUUUCCCGGACAAGACUUUUUUGCAGCAUGCGCAAGGAAAACGAGAAGACUAUUUGGAAUCAAAGAGGAGCCUGACGAGGAAUCCCUCUCUGGCAUGGAAGACUCGGACGAUGACACUAUCGACUCAUCGCCUAUAAUUCGCGCGGCAAACUAUGGGGCAAUAGCAUCCAACGGACAGGAUGCAGGACACAAAGGCUACUUCAGCACGCUGUUCCGGUCGCUGCGUGACCCUCGCCGUGAUGCGGAUAUACUGAACGAGCGGCGGGCACUGCUGGGCCAAGUUGAGAGUCACCAGCACAAGGUGGAGAUGACCAAACUACGGUUUUACUCGACUGCUCUGGGUGCCGCUGUUGUGCUGGACCUCAUUCUGGGCCUCAUGACAAUAACCAGCCGGAAGAAGGAGAGAGGUGUUGUGGAUGCUGGCGUCAUGAUUGGUACCAUCUGCACCCUCGUCUUGUGUGUUGUUGCUGUCAUCAGCAUGCAGACGCGGAGAGAGCGAUUGGGGUGGGUGCAUCAGGGGGUGGUGUUGAGCAUCACGGGUGGGGUAGUGGCGGUGGAUGUACUGCUUUUACUGUGGGUAAUACGGAUUUAGCAAAAGGGGGUGCGCCUGGGUCCAAUUUUUCGGCGGCCGUGUGUUCUGUUGGGUAUCUGGAGGCGUCUUGGGCUGGGGCGCGAUUGACGGCGGCGUGCUUGGGAUUUGGGUAAAUGUAUGUGCAUGCUGGCGCAUGUGGAUAGGAUUGGGCAUCGAGGGGAGAGAUGGC